UGGCCUCGUACGUCACUUCCUUUUGUGUGUGUGUGUGUCUUCGGGGCUGUUGUACUAUCUGGCUGGGACGGAGGGCUUCCACGCUAAGCAGGCGACUAUCCACAUUAAACCCCAUAAAGAGGCGGGUUUUUUUUUUUCCCUAAAUUUUUGAUAUAUAUCUAUCUGCCCGGGAUUUGGAAAUUAUUAUAAUCGUAUUCAACAUAAACUAUCCAUCAAGUUGAAGCUCGGUGGACUUUAUUAUCUGGCCGGUUUGCAUACGCUUCAGUGAGCCACUGCAGCAGCAGUGACCAAGUCCAACAGACCGAGCACGCCGCCGCCGACGCUGCUGCUGCUGCUGCUGCUGCUGUUGUGAGAGAAGAAAACAAGCUCAGCGAGCAGUCCGUUAAAGCUGUGUGAUCAUUGACAGAGUUCAAUACACACACGCUUCGAGUGAUAACUGGUGGGAGCUUUGUGCGGUGCACCUCUGGGCCUCGUCAAGGACCGACAGCUGGGAGUAUUUUUGUCACUGAAGUCGAGGUAUUAUAUAGGUGUUUUUUUGUAUCUGAGCCACUGUCAGGCACUUGACCAAUAGGAACAGAUUGCACAUUUCCACUAGCUUGUCUGCAGCCCCCUCCCAACCCAGACAGUCUUCUGCCCCAGCAUGAAUGAAGUCAGUGUUGUGAGAGAGGGAUGGCUCCAUAAGAGAGGUGAAUACAUUAAAACAUGGCGGCCUCGUUACUUCAUAUUAAAGAGCGAUGGCUCCUUCAUCGGCUACAAAGAGAAGCCUGAGGUGUCCAGUGACCACAGCCUCCCACCGCUCAACAACUUCUCUGUCGCUGAAUGCCAGCUGAUGAAGACAGAGCGCCCCAGGCCCAACACAUUUGUCAUUCGUUGUCUGCAGUGGACCUCGGUUAUUGAGCGCACCUUCCACGUAGACAGCAACGAGGAGAGGGAGGAAUGGAUGCGAUCAAUCCAGGCAGUGGCAAAUAGCCUGAAGAGUCAGCAGCAGGAUGAGGAGCCCAUGGAGAUCAAAUUUGGCUCUCCGAGUGACAGCAGUGGCACAGAGGAGAUGGAGAUUGCUGUGUCCAAAUCCCACACAAAAGUGCAGACCAUGAGUGAUUUUGACUACCUGAAGCUGCUGGGCAAAGGGACAUUUGGUAAAGUGAUCCUGGUGAAGGAGAAGGCCACAGGGAUGUACUAUGCCAUGAAAAUCCUCCGCAAAGAAGUCAUCAUUGCUAAAGACGAGGUUGCUCACACAGUUACAGAGAGCAGAGUUCUCCAAAAUACGCGGCACCCCUUUCUAACGACACUAAAAUAUGCAUUUCAAACACAUGACCGGCUAUGCUUUGUGAUGGAGUAUGCAAAUGGAGGAGAACUCUUCUUUCAUUUAUCGCGGGACCGAGUCUUCACAGAAGACAGAGCACGAUUCUAUGGUGCAGAAAUAGUGUCAGCACUGGAGUACCUACACUCACGCAAUGUAGUUUACAGGGAUUUAAAGCUGGAGAACCUCAUGUUAGACAAGGACGGCCACAUCAAGAUAACAGACUUUGGGUUAUGUAAAGAGGGGAUCACAGACGGCGCCACCAUGAAAACCUUCUGUGGAACCCCGGAGUACCUGGCACCAGAGGUGCUGGAGGACAAUGACUACGGACGAGCGGUGGACUGGUGGGGACUGGGUGUGGUCAUGUAUGAGAUGAUGUGUGGUCGGUUGCCUUUCUACAACCAGGACCACGAGCGUCUCUUUGAGCUCAUCCUCAUGGAGGAAAUCCGCUUCCCCAAGAACCUGGCUCCUGAAGCCAAGGCCCUGCUGGCCGGCCUGCUGAAGAAGGAUCCUAAACAAAGGCUCGGAGGUGGACCAGAUGAUGCCAAAGAAGUGAUGAGCCACAAGUUCUUCACCUCCAUCAACUGGCAGGAUGUCACUGAAAAAAAGCUUAUUCCUCCCUUCAAGCCCCAGGUAACAUCAGAGACGGACACGCGUUACUUUGAUGAUGAGUUCACAGCACAAACCAUUACGAUAACUCCCCCAGAUAAGUAUGACAGUUUAGAUGCAGAGGAUUCAGAUCAGCGUACACACUUCCCUCAGUUCUCCUACUCUGCCAGCAUACGGGAAUGAUCACUCAAACUCUUGAAUAAGCAGGCAGGCUAACACACAAUCACAAUCCCACAUACACACUCGCACUGCUGGGGAAUCCGAACGACACAAACAGAAACUGGCACAAGACACAUUUUCAUUUGGUCUUUAAUGCACCGACACACACACGCACACACAGACACCCACAUACACCUUCUGGCAAAUCAGAAAAGACACAGAUUAUAUAGUAUGAAGUGAACACACAGGCUGUGAAUGACUGACCUCAGCAGGUUUGUGUGCAUAGACUGGCAGCUUUGUCGCUGUACGUCCUCUCAGGGUUGGCUUUAGGCCUCCCUGCAGGACCUCUGCUGCACUACACUGGGCACCACAUCAAAGCCUUGAUACUUUGAAAACCAGGUUAUGCCAGCAAGUACCACCUCUUUACCAGCUGUACCCAUGCUACACACACACACACACACACACACACACACACACACACACACACACACACACACACACACACACACACACACACACACAAACCAACACCAACCAACCCAUGCAUAGACUGCAUAUAUAUAUACACAAACGUACUUGAUAGAAUUUUAAAAAGUAUAAUCAAAAUUAGGAAAAUAGAAAACAUUUUGGGAAAAAGACAAAUUUUUAUUUCAUCAGUUGUUACGGUUUUAAAUGUUAAGCCAUAUUUCUGCAUUCUUUUAUUUUAUUUUAUUAUUAUUAUUUUUUUUUUUUUUCAUUUUUUUUAACAAGUGCUCUUUCUGGAACUUGCUGUUACAAAUCAGUUGUGGGACUGUUCCUACAGUAGGGGGAAUUGGGGAAGAGGGGGAGGGCGAGGAGGGUUGCCAUUUCUGUGUUUGCACUGCAUGUGUGUAUAUGAGUGGAUGCGUGAAUGUAUUCGUGUGUGCAUAUGAGUGCAGGAGAAUGUAUGAACAACCAUUUUUGAUUCUCAACCAUCCAUUUGUGUCUGAUUUUAUGCAUGUUUUUAAAAACUCAGAACUAUUGCUGGAAUAUCGACGAGGAGACACUACAUGGCACACUCAAUGGCCUUUUUUUUUUUUUUUUUUUUAAAGGGAACAAGCAUGUAAUUUAUGAUUGCUUUGACCAGCUUGGCACUAAAUUGACCCAGUCAGGAUUAGAAACUGGGAUCUCAUGCAUGGCUAAUCUUUGCUUUAAAUGCUGCAUUAAUUUAUCUCAAAGUGAUGCAGCAAUCAGGCUCUUAGGAGUCCAUGUUGCUGUGUCCAGACUGACUGACCAACCAUCUAGCUGCUGGUAGGAGGUGUAACAGUAAGUUUUCAAUAAGGCCAGUCGCACUAUGUGUUAAAGACAGGAAUAAUAGAAGGAAAGAGGAAGAUAAGACUGUACGCUUGACCACAGUUUUUCCCAAACACGUCUAGAGAGACCAAUGUAGACGAACACCGCCAUUUACUGUCCUCAGUCCAGUAAUUCCCACUCCCUAGCUGAGGAGUUAGGCACCAAUCUUUUGUUCAUUUUCUAUUUUUAAUAUCAGUGUAAGUGUUUAAAAUAUUUUUAAAAUAAGUCUUUGAAUGUUCCUGUAUUUAAAUAAUGAAAAGGUUCAAUCUUUGUUUAGUCUUUAUAAUGAGGCCAAAAACUGACUGACUUGGAGGAUUUAUAACACUUCAAAUGAUUCCACAUUUGAUGUUUAGAGUCUUUGGUUUGUGUUUUCUUUAAUGCUGUGUCGAAGCACUUAAAUCUGCAUUGUAUGUCUGGAGCAACAGUCUGCAGGUUUACGAUCCAACUAAACGCUGCAUGAGCUGGUCGACCAACCUUCAACCUGCAAACGGGGAACUAAUCAAAACAUCAGCUGAUGUAUUGUGUCGUCGAGAUAAAAACCGGCAUGCUUUGAGUCAUGACAGCACAUGAUUGAGAGAGGUUCUGGACAGCAUAUUGAAAUGUGCUCACACUGACAUAAGCAUUUUAUGAUUCCAUGUUGCUGGAAGAGAUGUUGGUUGCUCUUUGAGCUUCACUAAAGGAACAUCAAAACCUUUUUGUUUGUCAUUGUUUUGUUUUUGUUGGGGUUUUCCUCCCUUUUUUGUCCAUCUAUUUUUCAAAUUUUGGAAGACACAUUGUCUUGUUUAAGUAUACAUUAUAUAAAAAUAUAUAUAUAUUAAAAGUUUUUAAACUGCUUUCUUUUUGAUUAAGUUCUUCAUUUCAAGGGGUCUCCAUUAGAUGAUUGCUUGAUUAGCUAAGAUGCUAACUAUUAGUAAUUUGAUUUUAAAUGGGCAGUUCAUUUCUGGUUUGCAUCAUCACUUCCCUUUAUGCAAAUAACUGAAUUCAUUGUUUAUAAUUAGCAUAAUUAGGCAUAUAUUAGGUUAACAUAAUUAAGGUAAAGAAUCUGUUUGAUCAUUCUUGUUAAAACUAAAGAGAAAUUUGUCCCUAACCCUAAGUAGUUAAAUAAACAAACGUACCCUACUUUUUACAAACGUACAUAUUCAGAAAACAUUUUAAGUUUGUUCUGUUAUUAAAAUUGUUUCCAGACAAUACCUGAACAAAGUAGAUAUGACCCAUCCUUUGGUGUGUUCUGCAGUUGUGAGAAUAAUGAAGUUGACCGUUUUUUCUACCAUUCUCUGCAGAGCACUGACUCAACAGCCAUUUGUCAAGGUUUUGGUAAAAUAUCUAUCAGCAUUCGCUGGGGUACCCUACAUGUCACGUCUUAAUUUGUUUUGAUUUACGUUUGUGUGAGUGACAGAGGGUGACUGUGAGAUGUUUGAGUGAACGUGGUGACACAGAAAAGCAGCAAGUUUUGACUCACCGUUGAGCAGCAGGUGGCCCCAGUUCUGCAGAUGUUAAUGUGAUCAAAGGCUUUGAUUUACAGUUCACAACUCCAGCACCUCUUCUCACUGGCUCAGGCACAGCCAUCAUACUCUAGCCUAGUGUCCUGCUUUGGAAACAGCAGGACCGAAUAUCAGAACCACUGCACUGAUGGACACCACUGUGGAUUUGCCUUCAUUGCUAUCAUGGCCAUAAGGGGGUGCUGCUGAACUUUUUUAAUAUUGGUUGUGAAGCCAUACACUGAACCUCGCUGCUGGCCACGCUUUAAGCAAUGCUUCACAGCUAAACAUGCAAAUGAAUACCCCUGACCUCUCCUGUAGGCAUACACAGGCACAACAAGUGCCUCCUCACAAUGGUGUAAAUACAAAAAAAAAAAAAAAAAA